CUCUUUAACGUGGACGUUUAUUUUUUUAUUGUCCGCCGCUCCUCUGAAAACACGAGACGUCUCUCGGACACGAAGCGUUAAAAACAGCCGCGUCGUCGCCUCUCGCUGUCCGGGCUCCGUUACCGUUCCCGUGCCCGCAUCGCAGCAGCUUGACGCAGCUGUUUUGAAAACAGCGAGCAGCUGAGCACUGCGGUGUUUCUGGGCAGCAUCACCACACUGACUGACUGACUGCUCGGACUUGUCUCGGCUUUCCUCGACGACUCUUCGCCUCUUUCUGUCUUUUUAACAUCAGUUCAUUUCUCACACAUCUCCAGGGAUUUUCUACAGAAACAGAACCACUCAAUGACAGCCUCUCUCGCCCGGUGGGAGGACAGCUGGUGCGGGGACAACAUCGGGAGGGGAGGAGGAGGAGGGGGUGAUGCCCUUGACUUGGAGAGGAGGAGUUAGGAGGAGGAGAGGGGUGGUGGUGGUUGGGGGUGCUGGCAUCAUCUAAUGCACCGAGAGAGCAUUUUAACUGUGUGAUUUUCAGGGAUGUGGCGCAUGUUCUGCAAGUUCAUUCCAUCCCUCCUGCAGCAGCAACAGCAGAGGAAGCCAUCGAGUGGAAAUGUGCAUCUGCAGGGAGUCCUGGCCCUGGAGCUCCGCUGGUCAAGCUGAGGAGGCCUGAGCGAGUCUCUGAGCUCCGGAUUAGAUGUUCGCUGAAGGCAAAUGUGCACGACAAGAUAAACAAACCCAGAGGCUGUGCUGCAGAUAAGCAGAAGCUGUGGGUUUGACUGGAAAUGAUGGCCGACCACGAGGAAGCAGAGUUGUCCGAGUCCCUUCAGAAGGAGGACGGGUUUUCCAGCGAGCAGGAGGAGUCCGGCACAAACUUCAAAUCUAAGAGUUUGCCUGUUUUAAACGAAGAGGCGCCUCAAGAGGAAACCUUGCUGGCUAGUUCUGUGCGGAUGUCCAUAACAGCAGAAGAGAGCGCAGAGUUUAUCCAACUCCCGGCCAAGACCGAGUCCUUUCAGGCAGAGUCCCCGACGAGAACGAACUACCAGCCCAAACCGGGGAAGUCGGCGCUGAACAGGCCGAGCUCGUACAUGGAGAACACGGAGAUCCGCAGGAGUAAAAACAUGGCGAGGAGGAAGCCCCCGGGGUUUUUCGCUUCCAGGCUAGCUCGGAUCCGGCUGCCCAGCAGGAAGUACCUGGGCGUCAUCUUACAGGACUCUCGCUGUUUCCUGUUCUGCAUGUGCUACCUGACGUUCAUCCAGUCGCUCAUGGUGUCAGGCUACCUCAGCAGCGUCAUCACCACCAUAGAGAAGAGGUACAGCCUGAGGAGCUCCGAAUCCGGCCUCCUCGUCAGCUGUUUCGACAUAGGGAGCCUCCUAGUGGUCGUCUUUAUCAGCUACUUCGGUGGACGGGGCCAGAGGCCUCGUUGGCUGGCGGUUGGCGGGGUGUUCAUCGCCGUGGGCGCAGCACUCUUCUCCUUACCUCACUUCAUCUCACCGGCCUACCAGAUCCAGGAGGUCAACUCGUCCUCCGGCAACAUGGGCCUGUGCAUGAACAGCAACGCCAGCGGCAGGGACCGCGUCGACAUCACGUCCUGUCCCAGAGACCAGGAGGGCAACGAGCACAACCUGUACGUGGCGCUGUUCGUCAUCGCUCAGAUCCUGGUGGGCAUGGGAUCAACGCCCAUCUACACGCUGGGACCCACCUACCUGGACGACAACGUCAAGAAGGAGAAUGCCUCGCUGUAUCUAGCCAUCAUGUACGUGAUGGGAGCACUGGGUCCAGCGGCCGGUUACCUGCUGGGAGGAGUCCUCAUCGGCUUUUACGUGGACCCUAAGACCGUCGUCAACAUCGAUCAGAGCGACCCCCGCUUCAUCGGAAACUGGUGGAGCGGCUUCCUGCUGUGCGCCGUGGCCAUGCUGCUCGUCAUCUUCCCCAUGUUCACCUUCCCCAAGAAGCUGCCGCCCCGACACAAGAAGAAGAAGAGGAGGAAAAAGCUGAGCCUGGACGACAUGUCCAGCGACGACGACGUCCUCAAGGAGAAGAGCAACAACAACAAGAGCCAGGCGGUCACCUCGUCCAUGGGCUUCGGGAAGGACAUCAAAGACCUGCCCAAAGCAGCAGUGAGGAUCCUCAGCAACGUGACCUUCCUGUUCGUCAGCCUGUCCUACACGGCAGAGAGCGCCAUAGUCACGGCGUUCAUCACCUUCAUCCCAAAGUUCAUCGAGUCUCAGUUUGGCAUCCCGGCCUCCAGCGCCAGCAUCUACACCGGUGUGAUCAUCGUGCCCAGCGCCGGCGUGGGGAUCGUCCUGGGCGGCUACAUCAUCAAGAAGCUGAAGCUGGGAGCUCGCGAGUCGGCCAAGCUGGCCAUGAUCUGCAGCGGAGUCUCCCUGCUCUGCUUCUCCACGCUGUUCAUCGUGGGCUGCGAGAGCAUCAACCUGGGAGGGAUCAACAUCCCCUACACCACCGGGCCGACUCUCACCAUGACCCAGAGGAACCUGACCGGAGGUUGUAACGUGAACUGCGGUUGUAAAAUCCACGAGUACGCUCCGGUGUGCGGCUCCGAUGGCAUCACGUACUUUAACCCCUGCCUGGCCGGCUGCAGCAGCGUGGCCAACGACAGCACCGGGAUCCGUAACUACUCCGACUGCGCCUGCGUCCAGAGCCGGCAGGUCAUCACGCCGUCGUCCAGCGGUCAGGGCAGCAACCAGCUGCAGCUCGUCAUCGUCAAGACCUACCUGAACGAGAACGGCUACGCCGUGUCGGGGAAGUGCGACCGCACCUGCAGCACCCUCAUCCCCUUCCUCAUCUUCCUCUUCAUCGUCACGCUCAUCACCGCCUGCGCUCAGCCCUCCGCCAUCAUCGUCACGCUCAGGUCCGUAGCGGAGCAGGAGAGGCCGUUCGCACUGGGCAUGCAGUUUGUUCUCCUCAGGACUCUCGCUUACAUCCCGACACCCAUCUACUUUGGCGCCGUCAUCGACACCACCUGCAUGUUGUGGCAGCAGGACUGCGGCGUCCACGGCUCCUGCUGGGAGUACGACGUCACCUCCCUGCGCUUCGUCUACUUCGGCCUCGCCGCCAGCCUCAAGUUCCUCGGCUUCCUCUUCAUCUUCCUCACCUGGUACUCCAUCAAGUACAAGGAGGAGCGGGUGGAGCGCUGGCUCAAGCGCCACCUGUCGCCCGUCGACACCGUGGGCAGCCUCGUCUGCCACCCGGGCGGCCACAAGGGCCACGCCCGCACCCGCUCCUGCCCCGUCAACAUCCCCCGAACCGACCCCAACGCUUUGCCCGCCAACGGCCCGCUGCGUGCCGGCGCCUUGAACCGUGGCGUCAGCACCCAGAGUUGUCCCGGCAACGAGCUUAAAGCAAUAACUCCUCCCCCUCCGGCCACGGCGACGCCUGCACCGCCGUCACCGCCGCCUGCGCCAGCCCGUUCGCUGGAACACGUCUCAGUCCGAGUCUGAGAUUCAGAAAGGGGGGGUGGGCGAUGAGGCAGGUCUCACCCACUGACAUGUCUUUUAUUUUGAAAUCAGCUGGAUUUCAGCCGCUGUCGAAAGCACCAAUCAUCACGUGGAGGUCCUGCUCUCAUCUCAUAACACUCAAAGAACGUCCAGAGCUGAAUGUUCGGACGGUGACCGACCAGCCUCUGACUCCAAAAAUCUGCUUGGCUGGUGAAAACGUUCAAAGCCGGCCCGGUGUUUUCUUUGUGAUCCACCAGCCGCUGCAACGAGCAGACAAAAGGCUGAGCUUCAACACUUUGGAUGGAGGUAGAGUUCACCGCUCUGAAAAAAACACCCACCUGCCCUCCCCCCCUCACCUCACCUCACCUCGGCAAUAUGUGCCUUCUGCCACCACCUCACCUGUACAGUCCACGCUGCCACGCCGGACGCCGGAAAAAAAGAGUCACCUGAACAGAUACCUCAGCUUCGCCGAUCCUGCGGCUUUCCCUUCACGUCACGUGUGCGUGCUUCUUCUUCUUCUUCUUCAUCCGUGUUUUUUGUUUGCCCCGCUUUGUUUUCCCGGACACGGCAUAUCAGCGCUCUCACAAGGGGAAAGAAGACACAAAAAAAAAACACCCUAUGGAAAUGUGACACACUACAAAAGUGUUUAGAAUUGGAAACCGAUGGCAUGGUGCUAUGUGAAAAAAAUAAUGUGUAGUGUCCUUUUUGUUUUUGUUCGUUUUAGUCGUUUUUAGGGGUUAGAAACGUUUUAAAGUGGACGACGGUCACUGGGCUACGCAGCUUGGCACGCACAGAACGCAUUCCUGUCCGAUGCGAGGCCUUUUGUCGCUCCCCUGACACAAUGACACGUAGUAUUACCGCUGGGAGUCGGAUUGUUUUGGCUUUCGCCAGCUCCGUACAAUGCAUCCAUACAUCCGAGCCGUUUCCCUCCUGAUAAGUGGUUUAACCCUGAAAAGAGCUGGAUCAGCAUUCUUCUUUCCUCCUGACCGCAUUACUCGGUCGGACGAGUCACCGGGUUCCUCCACACGUCUGGAAGGUUUUUUUUUCCGAGGUUGGACUUCUCUGAUAUUCUUGACAAACUGUAUUUCUGAGUAUUUAACAGGCUCGUCGAGAGAUACAGCCAAUCAUUUACAAACAGCAACACUGAAACACGUAGGCAGAAGUAGUCGACCGUCACGUAGAGGUCAUCGUAUAAUCGUCGAUUCUUUGUCAGCUCCAGAGAUGAAAGCUGGAUCCUGGGUGGAAAGUUAGUUUCUCACCCCGGCAUCAUGUUGGAUUAAUUGUUAAACAGUAGUCCCAAUGAUUUAUGGGUAAAUGACCUUAAUGCCUGAAAGAAUUUGCAGGGUUUUUUUCCCUUUCGCCACAUGCCAAGACCGCCAAGGCCGACAGUUUGGAGAAGCAAAAAGAAGGCGACAAAUUUAGAAAUGUAACAAAAUCACUGGUAAUGUACAAAAAGACGCAGCUAAUGAUUGUUUUCUCUCUGUGACGUCUUCAAAUGUCCAAAAUCCAGAAACAGAAAAACAUUUAAGAAGCUUCAUAGAUCGAUUAUCAAAAAAAAAAAACGUUUCUGUCACUUAAUCGCUGAUCAGCUCAGCUCAGAUCAGUUCCUCCGUAAUUAACGUGCAGAAUAAUCGCACCGCGGUCACUUUCACGACGUCGAGGUUCGUUCUUCACCUUUUGAGAAAAGCAGCUGUUGGCGUUCAGCUUCGGUCGUAUCACAGUCACACGUGCGAUCGAAAGUUCUGAGGUGAGAUUGUUUUGCCGACUCCGAGCUUGUAAACGUCGAGAAACGACUCGAAACUGCUCGAUAAAUCCUGUUUUAAGAUCUUUAGGGCUCGAUUAGGCGACGUCACACCAAAGGAAACACGUGCGUAAAGAAAACAGGGAGAAAUUAAACUUUAAAAUUUUUCAUUAGCAACAUUUUUAAUUAUCUUAAUUCUAAAAUUAGUUAGCUGGUAAAAUAGUGAAAGUUUGAGAUUUAGCAGCACGUGGAAGCGAAGAAAUGCCAAACUGAUUCGAGUUUUAUAACGAACUGAAACUCUAGUUGUGAAAUUGAACCGCUGCUGAAGACUUGAUGUGGAGACGAGCACUUUGAAAACCCGUUUGUGUUCCUGUGGUGUGAAAUGUGCAGAGCUCACUCGAUGUUUCGACAAGUCACCGAUCUAAUCUGAGACUUAAUUUGACGUAAUUAAAUCAGCUUUUUUUAAAUAACUGCAUGUUUGAACAUUAAAUAUUCACCGGUGGUUCGAUUUCACAGUUUGAACAAACAAGAAUUAUUAAGGUGAUUUUCUUCCACUGUGGCUGAGGGCGUGAAAUGUUUUGAUAAUCUAUGAAUUCAUGUGACAUUUUAAAGGGUUAGUCCGAGAACACAGUAACACAGUUUGCAUUUCACGACACCUUCAAGCCGUUUUAUUUCUCAAAGAGCUUCAGACCUCAAUGAAGACACACACACACACACACACACACACACACACACACACAGGAUGCAGUAGACACGAGCUGUCCUCUGAGGACACCUGCUGACUCGAUAUGGAACAGCAGGAGAGAACGACGUGCAGUCAGUGUUUUUACAUUUGAGACUUCAUCAUCAGUUCAUCUGCUGAUUGUUUUAUGGAUUAAUGGUUGAUGUCAAAAGUCCCGAGGGUCAAGUCAAGUCUUUUUUUGUUUCUCCUGUCCUGAGCCGGUUCAUGAACGUCUCAGGUGUAGUUCAAACUGGAAAACCCAGCAGGUCAUCGACAAACUUCUUGGACGCCAUCGAAACACGACGAAUCAACACAACAGACUUUGUGCCAGUCUCAUUCUAAACUAAUCAAAACAUGGAUCGUUAUUUUCAGGCGAUUAAACACUAAUGAAAACAUGAGUUAUGAACAUUAUAUUCCAUCUAAUCAUACUCAGCUGUUGAAUAAACACUAAAUAAUCCUCAUCGCUGCUGAAAUCUACAUUAUGUUUUAUAAAUGUUUAUAAAUAUAUUCCAAACUUCAAUAUUUUCCACUCUAACAAUUAUUCUCUAUCGAUUAAUCUGUUUUUUUUUCUCAAAAAUAUUUAAUUUACUUUAAGUCAGAAUCUGACUGAGCGCUCGACAGUUUCAUCGUGGAUUAAAGAUCUGUUCACGUCUACGCUCGUUUUAUGUCACAUCUCACAAACUAGAUGUUUAAUGUUUUUAAAGAUCUUUGUGAUCGUCACAUGACCUGCCGGGUUUCUCAGACUUCAGUUUGCGAGUCUUAAAUGUAAAACAAACAUUUUAAGAUGAGACGAACAGGAACCGCUGUUUUUAACGAAGAUGAAGAAAUCGAGAGUUGUUGUUUUUUGUCGUAUCUAGAUGAACUCUGAAGGAAAGAGGAGAGUCAUCGUACAUAACCGCUCUGACAGUCGGAGAGAAAAAUAUGAGGGACACAAAAAA